AUGAAGAAAACUCCAGAAAAGAUUGUCACACUCCUACAUGAACUAUCUGAAGACACAGAACAAUGGUCGACUGACCAAGGUGGUCGAAGAAGGUCAGCAGGGGUACACCGAGUAGAAUCUUUUGUGGCAUUGCAGUCUAAGAUUGCAGCUAUAGCUCAGGACAUCAAGAAAUUGACAAUAGCCCAGGUGCAAAAUCAACCUCAGUUGGGAUGUGACAUUUGUAAAAUAGGACACCCUACUCAUGAAUGUCAAACCUCCAGUGUAGAGGAAGAAGUGAAGGCAUUGGGAAAUUUCAACAGAGGCAACUACCAAGGAGGUAACAAUUUCAACUCUAUGGGACAUAGACAUCUGGUGUUCUUAUGGAGUUCUUCAAGUGGUAGCUUAGACUCUUGGCAGCAGCAAAAUCCUAGAGCACUCGUGCAAGGAUCUCCUAGUUUCCAAAACCAACAAAGGCAACAAUACCCACAACCUCCACAACCCAACAACUCAAGUCUAGAAGAUCUAAUGAAGGCAUUCAUAAAAAAAUCAAAUGAGAAGCUUGAGCCUCAUAGAACAACCAUCAGAGAACAGGGAAUAACCAUCCGUGAACAAGGCACAACCAUCCAAAAUUUAGAAAGACAAAUGGGGCAGAUUGCAUCAUUAUUAUCAGAAAGAGCUCCUAGGACUCUGCCUUCUCACACUAAUAAGAAUCCAAAAGGGAUGAUCAAAUCUGUGUCUCUAAGGAGUGGAAAAACAUUAGCAGAUCCUAUUGCAAAACUAAGGGUUGAAGGGGUGAUCAAAUCAGCCAGAACAGCAGAAGAGCAGAAAAUUGGUGAAUCUUUGGCUACAGAGAACAUCAUUGAGAAGAAGGGUGAUAAGCCGAAGUCAAACAGUGAAGUUGAAGAAAGCAAGCACAUGCCAGUGCUACCCUUCCCUCAGAAGAUGAAGAGGGAGAAACUAGAUAUAUGCUUUGGGAAAUUCUUAGAGAUGCUGAAACAGUUGUAUGCGAACAUCCCAUUCAUCGAGGUGCUCACCCAGAUGCCUGUCUAA